AUGUCUGGCAUCAAGAGAGUCUUUGGCGGCGCAGCCUUCUGGGCUGACGGCGAGGGUUUAGCAGAGCCAUCAAAGCUGAAGCAGACCCUUGACAUUCUGGAGAAGUACAAGGUUGACACAAUUGAUGUAGCCCGAAUCUACAACGAUGCGGAGCUAGUUGUUGGCAAUUCUGAUGCAAGAGAACGCUUCACCAUCGAUACAAAGCUCAGUGGUGGUUUCGGAGCGGGGUCUUCAAAAGCAAAAACCAUCGAAGAUGGAGAGAAGAGCAAGACACUCCUCAAGACCAAUGUCGACAUACUAUACCUCCAUGCUCCCGAUAAGGAUGUACCGAUCGAGGAAACACUCGAAGGUGUGAACGAGAUCUAUCAAUCUGGAUUCUUCAAACGCUUCGGAUUGUCCAACUUCACUGCCGAAAACGUCCAAAAGGUACACGACAUUGCCAAGGCAAAGGGCUAUGUGCUCCCCACAGUCUACCAAGGCAACUACAAUGCUUUCGCGAGAAAGCAAGAAGAGUUGCUGUUCCCGACUCUUCGCAAACUCAACAUCAGCUUUUACGCCUACUCGCCUAUCGCUGGUGGCUUCUUGGUGAAGACUCGCGAGCAGCUCGAGAAUGGCACUGGCCGAUGGGACAAGAACUCACCCUUCGGUCAGAUUUACCAUAGCCUGUACAGCAAGUCAACGCUGCUCGAUGGACUAGACGAGUGGCACGCGAUUGCCGCAGAGGAAGGCAUCUCGCCUGCGGCUCUGGCGUACCGUUGGAUCGGAUACAACUCUCCGCUGAAGCCGGAGAAUGGUGAUGCACUUAUCUUCGGCGCGAGCAAAGUUGAGCAAUUGGAGGACACCCUGCAAUCCCUCCAGCAAGGACCGCUGAGCGAGAAUGCUGUGAAGAGGAUCGAUGAGGUGUGGAAGAAGGUCGCUAAUGAGGCACCCCUCGACAACUAUCACCGAUGA